GGGUUUCCAACUCAAAACUCAAAGAGCUCUUGAUUUCAACCAAUGUAAGCAACAACCAACCAACCAACGACCCUUCUUCUUCGCCGCCCCACACACACAUAACAACACUCUUUUCCUUCUUCUUCCCCACCAAGUUACUUUCUCUUUUCACUUAAUUCAACUAUUAUCAUAAAUUAUAAAUAUCACACAAUAUCAUAACAUAAGUGUUGCUUCCAUUAAGCAAAUAGCCAAAUAUUCUCUCUUAUCGCUAAUUAAUCUCAUUAUAUCUUCAUCUCUAAUUCAAUUCAGCCGCCUCUUUGAUUACAUAGGGCUAAAGUUGUAAUCUUUUGGGGUGUUUCAAUAUGAUGCUUAAUUUUCGUUUGGUGAUUCUUGUGUUGGCAAUUUGUGGGGUUAGAUACAGGAUGGGAAUGGUGAAAGCAGAAGAAUUAAGUCUUGAAUCUGUGAAGGGGAAGGUGUAUACUCUGGAUUCAGUGAGGGAAGCUUUGAUCAGGCAAGAAGAUACAAUUGUCUUUGGCCUCAUUGAGAGAGCAAAGUUCCUAAUGAAUUCUCGCACCUACGGCGGCGAGGAGAUUCCGGGAUUCGCUGGUUCAUUGGCUGAGUUUGUUGUGAAGAAUACAGAAGCAGUUCAAGCUAAGGUUGGAAGAUACAAUAACCCUGAAGAAAAUCCUUUCUUCCCGGAAAAUCUGCCACCUUCACUUGUGCCAUCUUACUCCUUCACACAGUUUUUGCAUCCCAAAGCUGCUUCGAUUAACAUAAACAAAUCCAUCUGGAAAAUCUACUUUGAGGAGCUGCUUCCUUCAUUUGUUGCUUCUGGUGAUGACGGCAACUAUGCGCAAACCGCAGCUAGUGAUCUUUCAUUGUUGCAGGCCAUCUCUAGAAGGAUUCAUUAUGGAAAAUUUGUUGCUGAAGUGAAAUUCAGGGAGUCUGCUCAACAAUAUGAGUCUCUGAUUCGCUCCGAGGAUAAAGAAGGAUUGAUGAAAUUGUUGACAUUUGAGAGUGUAGAAGAAACGGUGAGGAAGAGGGUUGAAAAGAAAGCUAUGGUAUUCGGACAGAAUGUGACCCUCAAGAAUGGUGAUGAAAAAAAUGUAACAUACAAGGUUGAUCCAUCAGUGGCUGCCAACUUAUACAAGAAUUGGAUAAUACCUCUUACUAAGGAUGUUCAAGUUGAGUACCUAUUGCACCGUCUUGAUUGAAAUUCAAGAAACUUUAAUGCCAUUUCCAAGAGGAAUAUUGAUCUCAAUUUUUAGGCCAUCCUUUAUUGCCAAAUUCUUGUGGCUGUACAAUCGCCAUUAGAGUGUGUAGAUGCUUUGGAUAAUAAACAUUUACACAUCUAAUAGUAUAGUAGGUAUAGAAAGAUUAUUAAUGAAGGAUUGGUUAAUUGAUUAUUAUAAAGAAUUAUUCUCCA